GUUUAACAGGUGCCCUUCCUGACGCAUGCGUAUUGACAUGUAACGCCAUUUUGGAUUUUGAAUAACGAGGACGGAGUUGCUAAAGACAAUAGAAUCUUGGAGAGGUUUACAGUAUUUCGAGCUUGAAAGUGGUCGUAAGGGCCUACUUUUUCGAUUAAAUUAUAAACAAAGACAUUUAAAAUGAGUAGCUAUCAACAGAUGAGUGCCUCAGGCCAGUCAAGAACCAUGAGUUCUAAUGCUAAUGAAGGUAGUAAUUAUAUGGAUUUAUCAAAUAUGCCAAUGGAUAAACAAAGAACCAUGAUGUGGCCCGAUCAGUAUAACAUAGAUUCUGGUAUUCACUCUGGUACAACCACACAGGCUCCGUCAAUAAGUAGCAAAAGUCAUGGAGAGGAACUGGACGAUGAAGAAAAGUUGAUGUAUGAGUGGUCUCAGUCCGCUGGAUUUGGUGAUGGUUAUUCUCAAAAUGAGGUUGAUGAUAUCAACCAAACCUUGAAUCAGACUCGGUCCCAGAGAGUAAGAGCAGCCAUGUUUCCUGAGACUCUUCCUGAGGGAGUUCAGAUACCUUCAACACAGAUUCAUCCCGAUCAACCAACAGCCGUACAACGUUUAUCAGAACCAUCUCAAAUGUUAAAACAUGCUGUUGUUAACCUGAUUAAUUACCAGGAUGAUGCAGAUCUUGCUACACGAGCAAUCCCUGAAUUGAUUAAACUACUGAAUGAUGAAGACCAAGUUGUUGUAACACAAGCAGCCAUGAUGGUGCAUCAGCUAUCUAAGAAGGAAGCUAGUCGUCACGCUAUUAUGAAUUCUCCACAAAUAUUGGCAGCUUUAGUGCGAGCUAUGAACAACACUGAUGAUCUAGAAAUCACCCGAUGUGCUGCUGGUACAUUACACAAUCUCUCUCAUCAUCGACAGGGUUUACUCGCCAUCUUUAAAUCGGGUGGUAUACCAGCUCUUGUCAAACUCCUGAGUUCACCAGUUGAAUCUGUUUUAUUUUACGCAAUAACAACCUUACACAACUUGCUACUUCAUCAGGAGGGAUCCAAAAUGGCGGUCAGAUUAGCAGGUGGUUUACAAAAGAUGGUGGCUCUUUUACAAAGAAACAACAAUGUGAAAUUCUUGGCUAUUACAACUGAUUGUUUACAAAUUCUGGCUUAUGGAAACCAAGAAAGCAAGUUGAUAAUACUAGCUAGUGGUGGCCCAGGUGAAUUGGUUCGUAUCAUGAAAUCUUACACGUAUGAAAAACUACUGUGGACUACAUCUAGAGUGUUAAAAGUUUUAUCUGUCUGUCAAAGCAACAAACCAGCCAUUGUUGAAGCCGGUGGCAUGCAAGCUUUGGCUAUGCAUUUAGGUCAUCAAAGUCAACGUUUGGUACAGAAUUGUUUGUGGACAUUGAGAAACUUGUCAGAUGCAGCAACUAAAGUGGAUGCAUUAGAAGGAAUAUUACAAGUGUUGACCCAGUUAUUAUCAUCCAAUGAUAUUAAUGUAAUAACUUGUGCUGCUGGUAUCUUGUCUAACUUGACAUGUAAUAACCAACGUAAUAAGGUGAUCGUGUGCCAGGUCGGAGGUAUUGAGGCGCUUGUUCGUACUAUUAUGCAGGCUGGAGAUCGAGAGGACAUAACAGAACCAACAGUAUGUGCCUUGCGUCAUUUGACUGCUCGUCACCCAGAAGCUGAGAUGGCCCAGAAUGCUGUGCGUCUUCACUAUGGACUUCCUGUUCUAGUCAAAUUACUCCACCCACCAAGCCGUUGGCCACUAAUCAAAGCCGUGGUUGGUCUAAUCCACAACUUGGCUCUAUGUCCAGCCAAUCAUGCUCCUCUUAGAGAACAUGGUGCUCUUCCUCGUAUUGUUCAACUUCUGAUCCGUGCCCACCAAGAUACACAAAGGAGAGCUUCCGUAAGCUCUGCCAAUGGUGGACCUAGUUUAGUUGAUGGUGUUAGAAUGGAAGAUAUUGUCGAAGGUACAGGUGGUGCUCUCCAUAUUUUGGCCCGUGAACCUCACAACCGUGCUGUCAUCCGUGGAUUGAACUGUAUCCCACUUUUCGUUCAACUUUUGUAUUCACCAAUUGAAAAUAUACAGAGAGUAGCUGCUGGUGUGUUGUGUGAACUAGCUGCUGAUAAAGAAGGUGCUGAAAUCAUUGAACAAGAGGGAGCAACUGCACCAUUAACUGAACUACUACACUCAAGAAACGAGGGAGUUGCUACUUACGCUGCAGCUGUUCUAUUCCGUAUGUCUGAAGAUAAACCACAGGAUUAUAAAAAACGUCUGUCCAUGGAAUUGACAAGUUCAUUGUAUCGAGGUGAUCAGAAUCAAGCAUGGAGUGAUCCACCAGGAUUUGAUGAUGUAAAUCAGAUGGCUAUGGGAGAAGGUACAAGAGAACAGAUGUAUCAACCACCACAUCAUGGUAGUCAGGGUAGUAUGUAUUCUGGUCAACCUGAUAUCAACAGACAUGGAUUUGAAAACGUGCCAACAGAUUCUAUGCAAGGGCUAGAGUUGGGUAGCCAUCCCGGGAGUGCUUACGGACCAAUGGACAAUAUGACCGAACUAGGUGCUACAUCUGGGGACUACAAUCUCGACUCGAGCAUGCCACAAAGCGAAAACCAACAUAUGUCCUGGUUUGACACAGACUUGUAAAACUAUCAGAGAAAUGACUUUUAUCUCGAAAGACUACAAAAGACCAUUUGUGUAGAAAGUAUAACAUGUGAACGGUGCACCCAUGGAAAGAAUUUUAAAUUAUACUGAUAUAAUCUUCUCCGAUACUAUUUUUGUGAAAAGAAAACAAUGAAAAGCAAUUUCACUUCUUGUCUUAAGAACAUCAGAUUUGCAUACAUAUCAUCAAAGAAUUUUUAAGCGGAGAAAGCAGACUGACGUAAAAUAGACCAGAUUCAUUUAUUAUUAUAUUUUAUGUUUUUUUUUUUUUGUACUAACAUUUAAUAACGUGGUUUUUGUAAGAAACUGGACCAGUGAGUAAAAUCUUGUGUAAAUAUACAAAAAUAAAACCUGGACCAGUACAGAGCAAUAUUUGUAAAUAUACAAUCAUUUUAUUCUAUUCACAUCAUUCCUUCUACAAAAAUUUCAUUUUUAACAUUUUUUGAAGAAAAAAACCCACUAUACCAUACAACAUAUACCCAGUGGUGUGUCUACGCAAAAUUGUGCUAUCGGUACUCUGGUAGUAUCUCUCAGUGGCGCGCGCGCCCAGGGCCUGUGUCCUCCCUGCCCAUAUCGUUGAUACACCACUACAUAUAUACUUAUCUAGAAGGCUUUUUGUGCAUUUAUCAUUUUUAUAUUGUAUAACCAUAGUAUAAUAUAUUGAGAGUUUUAACAUAACUCUAAAAACACACAAGAGUCCAUUAUAAAUAUCUAUAUUUUUAAAUGUCUCAAAUUGUCUUUUUAGUAAUAUUAUUUGGUUCAUUUUCCAUUUUUUCUUCCUUUUUCCAAAAUUGAAUCCGAUCUAUUUCGAUAUUUUAAAUAUUUUGUCUGUUUGGAUGAAAUUAAGGAGAUGAGUUUUAAAAUGAAUACGAUAAUAUAAGUGUACUACUGUGUAUUUGAUAAAAUGGCCAUUAUUAUGUGAAAUGUUUUUUUUUUUAAAAAAGAAGUAACAAAACGUAAAUGUUUGUCCCUCCAAGAUAGGAGAAUUAUAUAUAUAUAUUUUAUAUUAGACUAUUUUCUUUCAUGCUUUUAAUCACAAAUGUAGUGUACAAAUUUAGAUAAGUUUUUUUUUGUCGUAGAUAUGGUAUAUUUGCCAGUCAUUUCAUUUUAUAAUGUUUAUUCUUUGAUAUUUUAUUCUAAAAUCAUACUCUUCUUUUGUAGCUCUUUGUGCAUGAUCAUUAAUAAAAUGGUGUUUUGUAAUAUAA